AACAGUAGCGUGCCUGGCGCCAAAUUUUGAAAAGCGAGAAGUGUUUCUGUUGACAACAACAGCUUUCGGUAUAACGUCGUGGUUUGUUUAGACGUUAUUACGAUAUAUCGAAAAAGGAUUACUUUGGAAAAAGGACAACGGAAAGAUGCACAUCAAAUCUAUUAUCUUAGAAGGGUUCAAGUCCUACGCGCAGAGGACAGAAAUCAACGGAUUUGAUCCGCUCUUCAACGCUAUUACCGGACUCAACGGAAGUGGAAAAUCCAAUAUUCUCGACUCGAUAUGCUUUCUACUGGGGAUAUCCAACUUGUCUCAGGUGCGAGCGGCCAAUCUCCAGGAUUUGGUGUACAAGAACGGUCAGGCCGGUAUCACCAAAGCCACCGUGUCCAUAACUUUCGACAACGCAAACAAGAGUCAGAGUCCGCUUGGAUUCGAGACCCACGACGAGAUCACGGUCACAAGACAGGUGGUGAUUGGUGGUAGGAACAAGUAUCUGAUCAACGGGGUGAAUGCCAACAACACCAGGGUACAGGAUCUGUUCUGCUCUGUAGGACUCAACGUUAACAACCCCCACUUCCUCAUAAUGCAGGGGAGAAUCACCAAGGUUCUGAACAUGAAACCGCCUGAGAUCCUAGCCAUGAUAGAAGAGGCAGCAGGAACCAGGAUGUACGAGUGUAAGAAGAUCAGUGCCCAGAAAACCAUUGAGAAGAAAGAAGCCAAACUGAAAGAAAUCCAGACGAUCCUGGAUGAAGAGAUCACUCCUACCAUGCAGAAGCUAAAGGAGGAGCGUUCUUCAUACCUGGAGUACCAGAAGUUGAUGAGGGAGAUAGAACACCUGAGUCGUCUGUACGUGGCCUGGCUGUUUGUCUGCGCUGAGGAGACCAAGGUGAAGUCUGCGGAGGACCUGAAGGCGAUGCAGGACUCCAUCACUCAGCUGCAGGCCAACAUGGCAGACAACGAAAACAAGGUCCAGGAACUCUCCGCCCAGAUACAGGAACUGCAGAAGAAGAGAGACCAAGAGGUUGGUGGAGUGUUGAAGGGGUUAGAGGAGACUCUGUCUGAGGUCCAGCGGGUCGAUGCUAAAGCCCAGAGUGCUGUGGACAUGAAGAAACAGAACCUGGCAGAGGAGACCAAGAAGAGGAAGGAACUGGUGAAGAGCAUGGCGGAGGAUAAGAAGAUACUAGGGGUUAAGGAAGCGGAGGUGUCCAAGGUAGCAGAGAAGCUGUCUGCCCUACAGGAGGAAGGUCAGAAGGAUAGCGCCGCCCUAGAGGCAGCACAGUGUCACUUCAAGGCUGUGUCCGCUGGGCUGUCCACCAAUGAGGACGGAGAAGAGGCCACGCUCGCCGGACAGAUGAUGACCUGCAAGAACGACAUUAGUAAAGCUGACACCGAGGCCAAACAGGCCCAGAUGAAGCUGAAACAUGCCCAGCAGGAGUUGAAGGCCAAGCAAACGGAGGUGAAGAAGAUGGACUCUGGUUACAAGAAAGACCAGGAGGCCUUCAACACUGUCAAGAAGAACAAGGAGAAACUAGAGGCUGAUAUGGGGAAACUACAGUACCAAGAUGGGAAGGAGGAGGGUCUUCUGGACAGGAAGAGACAGCUGAACCGUGAGGUCACCACCCUCAGAAAUACCUACGAGAGUCUGAUGUCCCGCUUCCCGAACCUACGCUUCGACUACAGUGACCCAGAACGUGACUGGGACCGUAGCAGAGUUAAAGGGCUCCUAGCUAACCUGAUAACAGUCAGUGAUGUGUGCUACUCUACUGGACUGGAGGUGGUGGCUGGAGGGAAACUCUACAAUGUUGUGGUGGACACUGAGGUGACAGGUAAGAAGUUGUUGGAGAAAGGAGAGCUGAAGCGUAGAUACACCAUCAUCCCCCUCAACAAGAUCUCUGCCAGGACACUUAAUGCCAGUGUGGUCAACACAGCCAAGAGUCUGGUUGGGGAGCAGAACGUCCAUACAGCGCUGUCUCUGGUUGGCUAUGAGGCAGACCUGAGGAAGGCCAUGGAGUACGUGUUUGGUUCUACAUUGGUGGGUGAUACAUUAGACAACGCCAAGCGAGUGGCCUUCGACAAGAGAGUCAUGACCAAGACUGUUACUCUGGGAGGAGACGUCUUCGAUCCUCAGGGGACGCUGAGUGGAGGAGCCCGUUCCCAGUCGGCCUCCGUGUUGUCCAGCCUCCAGGAGCUGAGAGAGGUUCAGGACAGUCUGUCAUCCACGGAGACGGAGCUACAGGCCCUGGACAAACAACUGUCUGGUCUCAAGGGGACCGCUGAGAGUGGCUGUCCUGGAACAUUUACUAUGUAG